CGUGAAAGUUUGUUGAUCUAUCCGUCCCUGUCUGCAGAGCUUUUGUGGUGUCGUUUGUGUCGGGGAAUGUUGUUUGCGAAAAGCCAAAUAUAAAUUGGCUGUACGUGGUUAUCGGUUUUAUGCUACCAAACCGCGCUGAGCGUCUGUUCCAUAGCAGGAGAUAGCCCGGUGUCCGGUGACGAUGCCGUGAUGGACGCAGACCGACAGUCUGGGCUCGUUAGCCUCAGUGACAGUGAAGCACCGAAUCGGUGACAGAUGUCAUCUGUGACAGGACAAAGACCAAAUCUGCAACCAGCCGACCUUCUGUCCCCCUCACACCACUUAAAAUGCGCUAGUUAAUGUAAUGGGGACAUUUUAAUCUAUAUGUAGCGAUCGUCUUAGUGUUAAAGUAGUCAGUUUACUAGCAAACAACUAACGGCAAGCCUGUCGUUAGCCGUGAGAUGUGCUGCUGUCUUUCAGUUUGCAGAACAAACCUUGUUUAGCUAGUAGCUCGUACCAAGUGAAGGCUGGAAGUGGAGGCUGGGUGCAGCCCGUUUAUCUGCUAGUAUGGAGUCUGACGACGAUGUGCCUCUCAUCUUAACCUGGGACGAAGCGAACAGCGGUCUGCUCAACGAGGAGGCUGAAAGAGGAGACGAGAAUGGAGGCAAUUAUGACAUCGUGAACAAUGCUGUGAUCUCAACACCUGGGCCACAAAACCACCGAGCCCAGAAUGUGUCAUUACGGCAAAGCUGGGAGAUGAACUACCAAGAGGCAGCCAUCUACCUGCAGGAAGGAGAGAACAAUGACAAGUUCUUCACUCACCCUCGAAACCCAAAAGCACUGGCAGCGUACCUGUUUGCCCACAACCACCUCUUCUACAUGAUGGAGCUGCUCACAGGCCUGCUGCUGAUGAUGCUGUCGUUGUGUGAAGCUCCUGCUGUACCCUCGCUGCGCCUGGAUGUCUACGUCCAUGCCACGCUGGAGCUGCUGGCUUUGGUCAUGGUGGCAUUUGAGCUCUGCAUGAAGCUCCGCUGGUUAGGCUUCCACACCUUUAUACGGCACAAGAGGACCAUGGUGAAGACGUGCGUGUUGCUGCUGCAGUUUGUGGAGGCCAUAGUGGUUUUGAUCAGACAAACAUCUCACGUGCGAGUAACCAGAGCUCUCAGACCCAUAUUCCUGGUGGAUUGUAGAUACUGUGGUGCUGUGCGCAGAAACUUACGUCAGAUCUUCCAGUCCCUCCCUCCUUUUAUUGACAUCCUCCUGCUGCUGCUUUUCUUCAUGGUUAUAUUUGCCAUACUGGGUUUCUGCCUCUUCUCUACAAACUCUGCCGACCCGUACUUCAACACUCUGGAGAACAGCCUUGUCAGCCUGUUUGUGCUGCUGACCACAGCAAAUUUCCCUGAUGUGAUGAUGCCAGCAUACUCCAAGAACCGCUGGUCCUGUGUUUUCUUCAUUGUUUACCUCUCCAUAGAGCUCUACUUCAUCAUGAACCUGCUCCUGGCAGUGGUGUUUGACACAUUUAAUGAUGUUGAGAAGAUGAAGUUUAAAUCUCUUUUGCUCCACAAACGCUCCGCUAUCGACCAUGCAUUCCAGCUGUUGGUGAGCCGGCAGAGGCCAAUGGGUGUGUCGCUGAAACAGUUUGAUGGUCUGAUGCGUUUUUACAGACCACGGAUGUCUGCAAGAGAUCGUUUCCUCACGUAUAAAGCUCUCAACACGUCAGGAGCUCCAAUGCUCAGCCUGCAGGACUUUUAUAAGUUCUAUGAGGUCACUGGCCUUAAAUGGAAGGCACGUCGCAGUGGAGAACACUGGUUUGACGAUCUUCCGCACACGACCUUCCUCAUUUUCAAAGGCAUCAACCUGCUGGUGAAGUCGAAGGCCUUCCAAUAUGCCAUGUAUGUGGUGGUAGCCAUCAAUGGUGUGUGGAUCCUCGUGGAGACGUACACGCUCAACAGUGGAUUUUCCUGGUCCAGAUUUGUUCCCUGGAGUUACAUUGUUUUCCUGACCAUUUAUGGUGUAGAGGUGUUAUUGAAAAUAUCCGGCUUGGGGCCAAUGGCUUAUUUCAGCUCAGGGUGGAAUCUGUUUGACUUCUCGGUGACAGUGUUUGCCUUCCUGGGCCUGAUCGCUCUUGCCUUCGAUAUGGAGCCGUUCUACUUUAUCGUAGUUCUCAGACCACUUCAGCUGCUCCGGUUAUUUAAGAUAAAGCAGAGGUACCGUAAUGUGUUGGACACCAUGUUUGAGCUCUUCCCCAGAAUGGCAAGUCUCGGGUUGACCUUAAUCAUCUUCUACUAUUCAUUCGCCAUUGUUGGAAUGGAGUUCUUUGCAGAUGUGGUUUACCCAAACUGCUGCAACACCAGCACAGUAGCAGACUCCUACAGACAGAUCAACAUCACAUACGGCAACAAAACAGUGCUGGAAGAAGGCUACUAUUAUCUUAAUAACUUCAACAACAUUCUCAGCAGCUUUGUAACUCUGUUUGAACUCACUGUGGUCAACAACUGGUACAUCACUAUGGAAGGAGUGACUUCUAUGACAACCCACUGGAGCCGCCUGUACUUCAUGACUUUUUAUAUAGUUACCAUGGUGGUGAUGACCAUCAUCGUGGCGUUUAUUCUGGAUGCAUUUGUGUUCCGCAUGAACUACAGCCGCAAGAACCGAGAACCAGUGGAUAAUCCAGAGGUCGGUGAUCGAACAUCAGGAGCUUUCCCGUUUUCUUCAGUAUUUCUUUCACAGAUAGCCGAGGAGAAUGGGAUAGUGUUUGAAGUAGAGGUGAGUCGUGAUGAAGCUCUGGCCACUCUUGAGCUGUACAAACAGACGUGCCCGGGACUGUCUUCUCUCAGCUCUUUACAGGGAGUCCUACAAGCUAUGGACAGGAGUGGGCACUCGUCUCUUGUGUACCAAGGUCGCAGAUCAAGGACCAAGAGUGACCUCAGUAUGAAAAUGUACGAGGAGGAGAUACAGGAGUGGUAUGCAGAAUAUUCAAGGGAAAACCUGCCUCAACCAGACCAAAGCUUGGAACGGGACCUGGACAGCCCCGAACUCUCUGAACCGUCUCCCUUCCCAGAGCCUCAGCUCAACUCACAGACUGGACCUCAGAGCAUUAACUAAUGCAAUUUGCAAGCGGUACAUCAGUGUGAUCAUCUCAGUGUUUUUCAAUGCAAAGAACGCCCAUCACUCCUGGCCUUUUCCAGUCCCCCUCCACUCACCGUUUGUCACAAUGGGAAACCAGUCCAGGCUCUUUUGGACCGAUGUGGGAAUGAGACGAGUCAAUGGUGACUCCCUCCUUGAGGUAUCUUUAAAGACAGAGAGACAACAGUACUGAACUGUUGCUCAGAUGGGAGCGUUGAACGUUGCCCCUUUUUUUUUUUGGCCUUUUUAAAGACUGCAGCAAAAGCUAUGAGGAAGCCUGUACUACCACAAUAUGUUGUGUACGUAUACUACUGUAGGCCUUUUGUGCCCUAUUGUAAAUCAUGUAGUACUUAAACCUGAUGCCUUAGUUUAAUGGCUCAUCUGAUCAGUAUUAACAUGGAUACUACUUCUACUAAGCUGUCUAAAGACCAAAAGUAUAAAAACUGACACUCCUUUUCGCCCAACCCAGCAAAUUGCUAUGUACAGUUUCUCCUAACUAAAGUCUCAGCAGACUUAAAAGUAUUUUACUUUUAUAUAACUUCUCAUUCUGUAAUGUAUUUGAGUUAAUAAGGGAUUUUAAUAAACUGUUUAAAUUGUCAAGUGUA